CAUGGAGCAUGCACUCUCAACACACGAAAUACUGAUAACAGUGAGGGGUAUUUCCAGGUCCUUCAGUGUAGCUGUUUUCCCGCUUACACAGGUAACAACAAUUGUGAUAGUAUGUCUGACGAUUAUCAUUGUGAGUAGUGAGUGAAAUGUGUGACCUGAUUGGCCUGUGUUUUUUGUUACGUGGUAUGACUGGACGUGUUGAGUUGUUUUUAUUCAUGAAUAUUUUAAACUUAAAUGCGUGGAAAAGUGGAAUGAGUGAUCAUGAGUGUGAAGCAUAAAAAGAGUGUAUAAUGUAGAAUAAAGUUUAGAUGUUACACCGAACACAGAACAGUAGGCGUCAGUCAUUUCUAUUACAACAAUAAUUAGACUUUCACGACAGCUUUAUUUAGAUUUAUGUAGAUAAUACUUUUUAACUACACAUUUUCACAGUACAUACAUGUUAAUUGAUGUGUUAAUAAUCUAUGAAAAUAACGCAGAGUCCUAUCAAUAAUAUUUUCAUAAGGCUAGAGACGUCAUUGUAUGUUUUAUUAGUGUCUGAAGGUACGUUCACAAUGUGGAUUGUUGCUUGUGUGGCCAACGUUCUGUGAUGGGCCUAGUAGUGGGCCAGGGCCCAGUGCUUGUAGGGGACCCCACGUUUCUUUACUUUGUUUCUGUCUGUUUUUUUUUUCGCCCACUCCUAUUUUUCUCCCCUUUUUAGUUAUAAUAUCUGUAUAUAUAUAUAUAUAUAUAUAUAUAUAUAUAUAUAUAUAUAUAUAUAUAUAUUUUUUUGUUUUUUUUUUUUCGCUCUCCUCUAUUUUUCUCUUUUUUUUUUUUAUUAUAUGUAUAUAUAUAUAUAUAUAUAUAUAUAUAUAUAUAUAUAUAUAUAUAUAUAUAUAUAAUGUGUCAAUUAACAAAGCCAUACAUUAAUAGACAUUAUAAUUAAUAUAUAUAUAUAUAUUGUACCGUGAAGGUGAUUCUUACCUUAUUUUUUAAAAAUUCAUAUGGGAAAAGUAAAACUAGUUGACGAGAGCUAUUUCCCUUUAAAGGUCUUAAAACUGUUCAACUUUGAUUCGCAUUUAUAAUAUUAAUUUUGGAAUCUAUAUAUAUAUAUUAUAAAUUUAAUUUAUACUUAUUUGUCUUUUUGUUGUAUUGAUGAAGGCAUCUGCUGAAACGUAUACUUUUGUAUUCUGUAAAAUUAUCAUUAAAGCUUACCUUAUAUUAUUAUUUUGACAAAAAUUGUUGGUGUCUAUUUAAAUCUAUUUUAAAGAUUCAUCGCAGUCCAACACUUUUUUUCUAGAAAACUCACACUUAUAGAGACAUCAUGUUUUGCAUAAAUUUAAUUAAAUGUUGAACGAUUUUGACAAUUUAAUUCGUUAUAAAAUUCCCAAUUUCCAAAUUUGAACCCACGAUAUAGAUCAGCAGAUUCCAAAAUUAAUAUUAUAAAUGCGAAUCAAAGUUGAACAGUUUUAAGACCUUUAAAGGGAAAUAGCUCUCGUCAACUAGUUUUACUUUUCCCAUAUGAAUUAAAAAAAAUAAGGUAAGAAACACCUUCACGGUACAAUGUACAAUGGGGCAAAAACGUUUGAACUUGCUUUCACUUAUGUGCAGGGAAAAUCACAUCCUUAAGAACAUUAUAAUUAACACUCAGAUGACGUCCUGACGAUCUCUUCAAAUUAACCAACAAUUCUCUGCAAAAAAAUUACGCAAAUCCAAAUGAUUAUGUUGAUUUAUAAUAAUUUAUAUUAAGUAAUUUAUUCCUAUCUAUCAAUCCGUCAACAUUGAUAAUUUAUCAUCCUCUGUGAUUAUUUAUAGUUUAUUUCUGAUAAUUUUUUAAAACGAUUAUUGAUUUUGAAUGAUUUUUAUAUCAAUAAAUUGAAUUCAUCUAAGUUUAACUUUGAUUGAAUGUUUAUAUUUAUAUUAUUUUUAUUUUACAUUUUUAUUCCUUUUGGUGAGUUGGUGGGGAACAGUAGCUGUUUGUCCCCCCCCCCCCCCCCUUUUGUUUGAUUUUUUUUUUUUUUUUUUUUUUUUUUUUCAUUUUUUUUUCCUUUUGUGGGGUGGGGGGGGACCGGUGGUUUUUUGCCCCCCCCCCCCCCUGUUUGAGCAUGGGGCGAGUGCCCCCCUUCGCCCCCUUCUCACGUCCCAGGUAUGUUGUGUUUCUACAGGGCCUCAGUGCAUUGCUGUGCCCAGGUCCUCCUAUGUUGUUAAGACUGCCCUGUGUACAAAGUUGAUUUUUUAGUACAGUGUAAAUGACUACUCAGUGUUGGGAUGAAGUGAAAUAAACUUAUAGUAUGAAGUAAACUAUUCAGUGUUGUGGUGAAUUGAAAUAAACUUACAGUAUAAACUACACUAUUCAGUGUUGUGAUGAGUGAGGGAUAAUAUCCAAAACAAAUACUCUGACAUACGUUCAAAUGGAAUAUUUGAUAAUAACUUCUCAAUGGCACUAAUAUAAGAGAUUUCCAGUCUAUAUUUUUAAUGUAUAUAAUAUAAUAUUAAAGUAUGUAUUUUAAGGAACCAGGUCAAAAAGAUCUCAAUUAAUGUUAAAAGGAAUAUAUCCUACAAGCAUUGGAAGAAAGAGUUUUCUUUGUUUUCAUGUUUUUAGGUUUUUCUUGUUAGGCAUAAUUCACUAAGAGGUGUAGUGCUCUUCUUAUUCUACGCCAUUGUUUGUACCCGCUUCCACAUGGCGUAUCUGGUGGAGACCUGACGUUGUCUUUUGGACGGUUUUACAGAGCAUCUUCAAAAUACUGAGCAAGAUCGACAGUGACCUAUCUCAAAACACUUUAAUGGAAGCGACAACAUGGGCUUCAGUGGCCUUGCUUUCAAGGCCAUUGAGUUUUGUACCAACACACCCACCAGGAUGAACUUAGAAAACAAACCAAUUUUUUUAAACCUUAACACCAUAAGGCAUAAAUGUCAUAUUCUCCUUCACUUGUUAAAUCCUUACUCUACCCCUCCUUCUUACAACCAAUCACCGUUGACUUAAUUUUCCUCUCUUCUGUCCCUUAUUGCCUACAUUAAAUCUCUUAUCUACUACUAGUAUAUUACAUUCCUUUUGUUGUCCUCUAGGAUACUAAAUUGCAGCUAAUUGUUUAUUUAAAUUUUUAGAUUGUUUUUACUGUUGUUUCUCACUGAAGAAGGCUUCUUACUGACACGUUCAUUGUUUGGUUGCAUCAUUUUUUCAGGUUUUGCCCUACUUUCGUUCACAUAUAUUAUUUUAUUCUUAACACAUCGUAUUGUAAUACUAAUGUGAUUUUUCACUUUAGAAGAAAAGCAAUAAUAAUCAAUACUAUUUUUAUUUUAACAAUGUGAAUUUCUAGGUUCUGACUGUGAGUCAGAGUUGGAUGCUUGUGCCAGUAAACCAUGUUCUGUAGGACAGGAAUGCACAGACCUGACAGCAGCUCAACAAGGGAAUAAUGUCACAGGAUAUGUGUGUGGUCCUUGUCCUGUUGGGUAUAGUGAUUAUGACAAGAAGUGUGUUGGUAAGUGAAAUAUGUUUUUUUUUUUUCAAAAGAACAAGUUAAGCUUGAUUAGGCAUAUUAAAUAUCUUUAGCCUAUACUAUGCAAGAAUUUAUCUAACAUUUUCAGUGUGCAUUAUCAUUGAAGUUUUUAACAUAAUUUAAGGAAACAUACAUCAUAAUGAAGUGUACCAUUUUUAGAAGGUCUUAAAUAUUUAAACAUUGACAAUAUUCAACGGAAUAGCCUAUGCCAAAGCAUCAGUCAUGUUACUAUUAAAAAAAUGAACUUCAAAAUUGUAUCAAACAUAUAAAAAAAAUUCCUUUAAAAAAUAAGGCUGCUUCUAUUCGGACAAGAGGCCCUUUAGACUAAAUAGCAAUUUGGAAUCCACAUGUGGUAAUUUAUUUUAGUUCAACUGCAGAAGUAAUGUUUCAAACAUAGACUCCAUUUAAUUAUCUUUCAUUUGAUACUAAAUUUUGUCUUACAAGCCCAACAAUAAUAUUUUUAAUAUUUUUUAAUUAACCCAACCUCUUGAUUGCGUGAGAUUUUACGGGUCGGAACAGCCACUUCGAAGAAACGAUAUGCACCUUGCAAAUAUUUACACUUACAGUUGGCAUACAGGCUCUGAGAUCAUAUGAAUUGGCCAAAAUUGUUUUGCGGGAUGCAUUUUUGUUCUUUUUGAUACUAAUUUUACAGACACUAAUGAAUGUACUGAGAGUAAUGGAUUAUGUCAACACAACUGCACCAAUACAGAAGGAUCUUUUAUUUGUAGCUGUAGACAAGGUUUUAGACUUGAUGCCACAAACAAGAAAACUUGUAGAGGUAUGAAAGACUUUAAAGAAAAUUUAAUUAUAAUAUGUUUUUAAACAUUUAAAAAAUUUUUUUAACGAAAUGUCUCUAGAAUUAUUUCAGUGGUAUUAUUUUAUUGUUGUGCAUUUAAAUAAGUGAACAGAAGUGGUUUAAUAACGAUAGGGGCAAGGGAAAGAAGAACUUACAUUAGUCCAAUCCUGCAAAAUAUUAACAAGUAAUUUGAACAGUGUUACACUCCAAAAAUAUGCUAAUGAAAUCAAUUUUCACAUUUCUAUUUAUUUCAAGAUGUUUAAAACACUUUGAUUUCAGAUGUCAAUGAAUGUGAAGAACAAACAUCCCAGUGUAAACACACUUGUAAGAACACAGAAGGCAGCUAUAACUGUUCCUGUUACGAAGGCUAUAACCUGAAAUCUGAUGGCUAUACCUGUGAAUUAACAAGUAACGUCUGUUCCUUCAUUCCAAAUAAUUAAAUCAUUACUGUUAGACUAUGUUAAAGUUUAUGUAAUUUAGAAUGUUCAAGAUAAGCGUAGGCUCAUAAAGUAGUCUGAAAUCAUUGUUAGGAAGAUAAAUAAAUGAAGGAACAAGAUAUGUUUGACCUUAAAACGCAAACAAAAAAGACAGCACAAUCGCGAGGACAUUUUAAAAAAAAAAUCUCAUAUUUUGUUAAAUAGUGUGGCCAAAUGUUCCACUUUCAAGUUUGAAUUAAAUUAAUAAUUAACUUAUCUCAAACUUCAGUUUUAACAUAAAAUUUUAACAAACAAUAAAAACUUUUAACAAAUAUGGGAUAUUCCCGAAUUAUUAUUUUUUUUGUGGAACUUAGUAUCAAUAUGUGUUAUUUACAGCUUUUCCGUUUUAUCUUCAGGUAACGGGAAACGGGAAUGUGAACAUUGUCAACACACAUGUUUAUUUAAUGAAACAACCAAUACAGCCAGCUGUGUUUGUGACAAGGGAUAUAAGCCAGACCCCAAUAAUACAAAUGAGUGUUUAGGUAUACAAGAAUUCAAACAAUUGGGAAAAAAAUCAUUAUCAUAAUGUAAAUCCAUUUAAUAUUGUUUUGAAAUUUUUUGUAAAAUUUAAUCUAAUUAUUUCCAUUUGCCUGGAUCAAUUAAAUAAUCGUAUCUUAUUUUAUACCACACAUUUAUACGUCUGCCUUUUUUUUUGUCAUUUAAUAGCAAUACGUAAGGAUAUAUUCUGUUUGGUAGCAAUCAGAAUGAUUUCAUGCUGUUGCUAAUAAUUUUGUUUGGGCACAAUUGAAAAAAAAAUCUGAAUCAGUCUUAUUGUUUUUAAAUAUAAAACAUGAUCCAUCAUGGAAAGAUUUUUGACAUGUCCGUUUGUAUCUGAUGAUAACAACCUAUAUUAAAUAGAAGAGGUGUAGAACAAAUCAGGAUUAUUUCCCCCUUUAAAUGUCCUAAGUUAGUGUAAAGCUCAACAAAUUAUGAAAUGGUCUCCUUCUAUCAGCUAACAACCAUCUUUAAUAUCCAGGCCGUCUUUGAAAAUUGGUCUUUUACUUCCGUCAUCGGCAGAUAACUACGAGGCAUUUUUUUCUUAUAUCAGAUAAUAAUUUUGUCAGUGGUUAAUUGCUUGUUGGCUUAUUCACAGAUUCUGUUGCAAUUACCAAUCACAAAUACAACUUAUUAUAGAUGUUUGCUUUGUUUGCACACAGACAUAAAUGAGUGUGAGCUUUUAAACAUGCCAUGCAGUCAGAGUUGUAACAAUACAGAAGGGAACUUUAAAUGCUACUGCUACACAGGUUUUAAGCUAGAAUCUGAUAUAGUCUCGUGUAAGGGUAAGUUAUUUUAUUUAUAUCAUAAUAUGCUCUAUAAAGCAUAUGUCUAUAUUAAGGAAUAUACACGUUUAAUAUAUAUAAUAUAUAUAUAUAUUUAAUUUGUUGUAUUCAAGAUUAUUGUAUUAAAAUAAAUUUACAGAUAGUUGAACUUUUUAUUAUGCUACCAAUGCAAAUGAAGUGAUCUUUGCAUUUUUAUUUUAUGAUCCUAAUAUACCACUUUUUUAUGAUUAGAAAUACGUAGGUAAAGCUACCUAUUCAACCUAUUGCAUUAAAAUAUUUUGCAAAAGUUAUGCCUUUUUUCCAUUAUCUUCUUUGAAAAGUUUAAACAUUUUUUUGGGCUCUAUAGAUAAGAAGGAACAUAAUUAUUAUUUAACUAGUCAUUAUCAAACUGGUAGUAAACUAGAUUUAAAAAAUUAAAUACUUUUAUAUAAACAUUAGAUAUCUCAUAUGAAUUAAUUUUGAAGUCCAUUUAUAAGAGAAAUUAGUCAUACUUAUGUGAGUGUCUAUUCUGAAAUGAUCAAGUUUUUACAUACAUGUAAUUGUUGGGUUUGUUGAUUUUUCUCCCAUUACAUAAGCUUGUGAAAUUCCUUCAUACGGGGAAGACUGUGCCAAAACUUGCCAAUGCAAUGGCAGGGGAUCAUGCAACACAGUUAAAGGAUGUGUUUGUGAUGUAAACUGGACAGGGGUCAACUGUGACAUAGAUGUUGAUGAAUGUGCCACACAAGGUUCCUGUCCUGAAGGACAACUUUGCCUGAAUACUUAUGGCUCAUUUACGUGUUCAUGUCCAACUGGAUAUGUGUUUGCUGGGCAAGUGUGCAAUGGUAUGUGAACGGUAGUAGUAGUUCAUGCAUUUGUAUAUUUUAUAUUUAAUCAUAUACUUUUUUCUCAAUUGUUUUCUUUAUAAUUCCCGGGCAACAUGCUUUAAGCAUGUGCAAUGAAAAUCCAUUUUAUAAUUGAUUAUUUAGUAUCUCUAUAAGGGUUGUGUAUUAUUUUGUAUGAAUAUUUAAACAUAAAUCCCCCAGACACGGACGAGUGUUCAAACCUUCAGAUCAAUGUGACCUGUGACCUUCGGAAAGAAGUGUGCAUAAACACUGUUGGUAGUUACUGGUGUGAUUGUAAACAAGGUUAUGCCCGAGAUAACAAUUCUACAUGUCAAGGUAGCUAUUUUGGAGAACUACCAAGCUUUGUUCAAAUUGAUCUCUCUUUUUUUUUUGGUAGGGGAUCAAAGCUUUACUUGAAAAGCAGCAGCUUAAAGUUAAAUAAAUAUGUUUUUCUUGGGAAGAAAGAUUGGCCUUACUUUUUAAUAUCUUCAAAAUAUUGCAAAUAAUUUUUAUUUUAAAAAUUAGUUCCAUCAGCCAAUGUGCAUCACAAAUUUUAUUGAGAAAAUGAAUAUUAUUACCUCUGCGUAAUAACUUUAACACUCUCUAGUUGUCCAAGAUUUCUUGACAUUACUGAUUUUUUUCUUCAAAUGAGGGACAUGUUUGUUAAGUUUUGUCAUGUAGCGAGUUUGUUGAUAUCUUCUGAGAAUUUGUUUUUUUGUAAAGCCUCCAAAUCAAUAAAAAAUUAUAGGCCUACGUUUUGUUUUUUUAAUUGUAACGAAAUUACCAUUUGGGAGAAGUUUCAAAAGAUCAGCUCAUUUUUUAAAUCUACUCAUUCAAAUACUGGCUAAAAUGUCAUAAAAGUAUUUUUUGUAUUCUUAUUUUUAGUACGGUGGAAAAUACAAGAGGAUCUGGUUUCCACAUGUACAAUAGCUUGCCCUAGUGUUUAUUUAUAUCAGAUGGGUAUUCAUCUCAUACAAUUGAUUCACACUUUGUUGUUGAACGAUUACUUUUUCUAAAAUCCACAGACAUUGAUGAAUGCGCUCUUCACAUUGAUGGGUGUCAACAUAUGUGUCAUAAUGUCGAAGGACGUUUCAACUGCGAAUGUGAUUAUGGCUACAUUCUAGAGGAUAAUAGGAAAAGCUGCACCAGAAGUAAAAGAAAAAAAAAAGCAAUUUUUCUUUCAAAGGAUAGUAGAAGCAAAACUUUAAAAUAAAAAUGAAGCCAUGUAGAACUGUAUGCUAUAACAUUUUUAAGCUAUCAAUAUGUCAGUGCACACUAUACAAUGAGGGGUUUCUCAGGAAAUAAAGUUUACUUAGGAGUGCUGAUCUGAUGACUGUAUAUAUGGCCUAUAUAUAUGGCCUAUAUAUAUAUUUGCCAUUAAAAAAUAUUAAAAUGGUGUGCACAAACUUCUAACAUUAUGGUUAUAUGUUGGUGUAGUUUGUAUUUCAUUAAAGAGCAAGGAAACACCAUAUCAUUUCAGCAAAAAUGUAUUGAUGUACAUUUCACAUGGACCUUACACUUUGCCAAAUAAAAUUAACUAUAUCUUAACUAUGAUUAUUGAAGAUGAUAAAAAGUGGAGGAAGAUUUAUGUUAGUAAAGAUUCUGUUCAGAUUAUUAAUUAAAGUAGUAUAGGUUUUUUUAUUUACCAUUUUUUAGCCUGUCUGUACUAAAAAAAUGUACCUUUUUUUUUAGUAAGAGACCUAUGUGUAAGCCAUCACCUUAACUGCACACAUGGAUGCAGUUUGGAUGAUACGAAUAAGC